ACCGAGCGGAGCCGCCGCGCCCUUCCAGCCCCCCGAGGGCGGCUUCGGCUGGGUGGUGGUCUUCGCCGCCGCCUGGUGCAACGGCUCCAUCUUCGGCAUCCACAACUCCUUCGGGAUCCUCUACAUGAUGCUGCAGAGCGACCUGGGCGAGGGCAAGAAGGACCCGGCGCUAGAGUUUAAAACAGCAUGGGUCGGCUCCCUGGCCAUGGGAAUGAUUUUUUUCUGCUCUCCCAUCGUCAGCAUCUUCACGGACCGGAUUGGCUGCAGGACCACGGCGGCCUCSGGAGCUGCCAUCGCCUUCAUCGGGCUCCUCUCCAGCUCCUUCACCAAGUCUCUGGAAGUUCGUUAUUUCACGUACGGGAUCCUCUUUGGCUGCGGCAGCUCCUUCGCUUUCCAGCCCUCGCUGGUCAUCCUCGGCCAUUACUUCAAGCGCCGCCUGGGUCUGGCCAACGGCAUCGUGGCCGGGGGCAGCUGCCUCAUCUCAGUGCCACUGCCCUUCUUCCUGAAGAUGGUGGGCAGCGCCAUCGGGCUGGCACACACGUUCCAAGUACUCAGUGCCUUAAUGCUGAUCCAGAUCUUCUUGUCCAUGACCUACCGGCCCAUCCUGCCGCCCUCCUGCGACCCUCAGCACGACGGGCGSGACAAGCUGGGCAGCCGCAGCGUGAGGCAGCAGUGCUGGGCCCAGACCCGCAAGUAUUUCAACCUGAGGGUUUUCCGGAGAAAGACCUAUCGGAUUUGGGCCUUUGGGAUCGCCACUGCUGUGCUGGGAUACCUCGUACCUUACAUGAACCUGGUCAAAUACGUGGAGAAGCGAUUUCAGGAAACCAAAAAGGACUGGAUCCUCCUGGUUUGCCUCGGGGCCAUGUCGGGGCUGGGCCGCUUGGUUUCGGGCCGCAUUGGUGACUGCAUUCCUGGGCUGAAGAAGAUUUACCUGCAGGUUGCGUCCUUCAUGCUCUUGGGCCUCCUGUGCAUGAUGAUCCCCCAGUGCCAAGGCUUCGAGGGCGUCAUUGUCAUCUGCCUCUUCCUCGGCCUCUGCGACGGCUUCUUCACCACCAUCAUGGCCCCCAUCGCCUUYGAGCUGGUGGGGCCCAUGCAGGCGUCCCAGGCCAUAGGGUACCUCAUGGGGCUGAUGGCCGUGCCCAUGACCGCGGGCACGCCCAUAGCAGGAUACCUCAACGAUUAUUUUGGGAAUUACGACGCGGCCUUUUACUUUGCGGGCGUGCCGCCCAUCAUCGGYGGCCUGGUGCUCUCCGUGGUGCCGCUGGUCCACCAGAGGAUGCUCAAGAAGCAGCGCCUGGAUUCGGGCAAAGACAAGAUGCUGGUGUCGGAGGCGGUGGUGAACGGGGAGCUGCUGCCGGGCUGCCCGGCCUCCGAGGCGCACAUGUGACACCGGCAGCCYGUCCACGCCCCCGCACCGGAUGGACCGUGAUUCCCAGUGAUCGCAGAUGCACUAUGUUUGUAAAGGAGAAAACACGAGGAGUUCUUCUAGUUAAAGGCUCUUAACUAGCGGAAACGAUCUUUUUUGGGACAGUUUUGAUUGCAAAGCCACCUUUUUUCUUUUGUUUUCUUUUUUUUUUUUUUUUUUUUUUUUUUUUUGGGUUUUUGUCCCCUCUAACCAUUUUUCUAAGGAGAAAGAACUUUCACUAGGAUUCAAACUUGAUCGAGCUCCCUCUCCUCUCCCUGGUUUUCUAUACGUCAUGACAGAGGUUUACAGCAAAUAAAUGCCUUUUCCAAGCAGGCCACGGAUGGAACUUGUUGAACCUUGCAGCUGUCCAUCCUCCUCCUCCUCCGGUGUCACUCGGGUGUCACAUCCCAGUGAGACAGYCCCCUCCCCGUCCAGCACCUGGGGCUGUUUUGGAGCCGGAGAUCCGAAGGAGGAAACACUGCUUUAGUCUGAUGCACAAACCAAAUAAAUGUCAGCAAGUCCCGCUUUCAUCUUCUUCUUUCCUCCUUUCCCGCUGCUCUCCCGCACCCCCAGGGAGCUGCAGCUGGGAUGACGGGGAGCUCAGCUGGCUCUGGCCGUCAGAGUCAUGCGGGAGCACACCCUUCCUGCAAAAUAUGCCUUAAAAAUCCGUGGAUGAGACCAGCAGUGACCCUCGGCCACUUUCCACUCCGUGUUCUCACCCAGCCAUUAACAAUUGGGCUUUUGAGCUGCGGAAGAGAGGGGCAGCUCCUGGCACAGCCCASGGUGCCCGGCUCUCUGGGGUCAAAUCCAUGGGAUCRCCACCAAAAUGGGCACUUUGGUGGCUUUGGGGCACACGGGGUUGGGACAGAGCCCCUGUGUCAUGGAUCAGCUCUGUGCUGGGAGGCUUCCCUGCUGGGCACGGGGGCACCCACGGGUGUGGGGUGCUGCUGGCUGGGGUACGGGUGCCACUGCUCUUUUUGGGGGCCAGGUGUGUAUCAUGCAGCAAUAAGCACGAGYCAGCAUUGGUGGGGAAUCCCGUUUUCCAGAGGCUUUGACAGCCCCUGUAGCAUUUAACCCCRUAGCCUGUGUGUUUUCAUUGAGCUGGUGCAGGGCCAGCACUGAUCCAGGGGGAAGGGAGGGAGCACAAGGAAAUCCCACAGCCAGUGGGCACCACCACACUGAGGGGCAGCAGAGCUCAGCCCUGGGCAGAAAUGCAUCACUGCCCAUAGAGAAUUGCAGAAAUUCAAAUUGCCCAGAGGAGCUGUGGCUGCCCCUGGAUCCCUGGAAAUGUUCUAGGCCAAGGGGGAUGGAGCUUGGAGCACCCUGGGAUAGAGGCAGGUGGGACACUUAGCAAGGGGUUGGAAUGGGUUGAGCUUUAAGGUCCAUUCCAAYCCAAAUCAUUCCAUGAUUCUGUGAUCAUCCCCAGGCAUUCCUAACGAGCAUGGCUAAUUAGCAAGAAGGGAAGAUUCCCUGCCUUGGUGGGUCCUUGUGUGAACAAGGUGCCAGCUGGGCCUGGGGUUCCUUUUCUGGGGAGAGAGCAAGAACCAAACUCACAUUUAUCUUGACUGCAAACCCACCCUUCAUUAGACUUUCACUUUGCUCACUUGYCAUUAAUAACCCGAGCUGUCUGAAAGGGAUUUAUGCCAUGGGAGCCAUCCCUUGGGGCAAGUGUGGGGGUUUGGAACACCAGACUUGUCUUUGCUGUGGGAAUUUGGGUUCAGUUGAGGCCCUCUCCCACAGCCAGUGGUGGGACUUUUGUACAUAAUAGGCUCAGGACCCUGCAUGUCCCUCUGGCCCUGUUUUUAGCCCCUGUUGCCUGAUCCAUUGUAAGGUCUUGUGUUCUUGUGGCCCCUCUGUCCCUGUMCGAGCUGGAAAAUUGCCUGGUGUGUUGUGACGUGUCUGUUUAUGAUAUAAAAUGAGAUGUCUGCUUGUCUCUUCCUUGGAUGCGCUUUCCCGUGACUGUUCCUACCCUUCCUGGCCUGAAUUGCAUCCUCUGCAGGAGGAGGCAGGGCUUGAACCACGGAACCCCGGCUCCAGCUGGGAUCUGCCAGACUUAGCCCAGGGCAGGGCAUUAAUGGGAUGGUUUUGGGUGGGAGCCUUGGCAGUGGGGCAGCUCCAAAGCCCUCUGGUAGCUGAGGGAAAUCAGUAACUCCUCACUGUAACUUCUGCGAGUUUUGGGGCAUUAAUCCACACCAGAGUUGGAUGAAGUUCAUGAAAUCAUAUUCUGGACCUUAAUGGUCCCCAAAGGGGAGCUUAGGAGGGAUUUAAAUUCCAGAAGUAUCUWCUUCAGAGCCAGCAGGGGAUGAGCAGAGCUGUCUCCAAACCCYGUGUGGGCUGAGGGAGCGGCUGCAGGGCAGAGCCCACUGAUGACUGCACCCAGACUUUGUGUGGCAAAGCCUCCCUGGCUCACGAGGUGAUUUAUGGUUCAAAUCCCACAUUUCUACAGAAUUCCACUUGCCUUGAGUGCUCCAUGUGCCUGCAGAGGUUCUUGCCCUGGGAGGAGCCUGCACUCAGAGCAAAGGGGCACUUUGCUCUGCA